UGUCUUCAUGUGUUUAGUUUUUACGUGUUCGUGAACUCAUCAUUUUACUUUACUAAUUGAAGGGUUCCACGGUGAAUGAGGAGAUGACCAGGUCACCCAUCCCAUCUCGGGAUCCCGAUACCAAUAAUGCGACUGCCUCUGACACUCCCAUCCCCCCUCUACAGCCCGAUACCACCAUGACAUCACCAAUUGACGUUGAACCUAUAGAGGCUGAUGUCCCACAAACAGAGCUUGACAUGUCUGCCUUACUCACCAUGCCACAUACAUAUGCUGACAUGUCUAGCAUCCCAAAGGCCAACAUUUUUGGGAUUGUUACGAUCACAGAAGAAGUUACACUGGAAUCUCGAAGAAUUAGUUGUAAGAGAAAACCUGUUGAUAAAUAUACACCCUCAACUCAAGUAAAGAAGAAAAGUGUGGUUAAGCAUCCUCUCUCAGGUGUAGCUAUGUCACUAUCCAGAGCGAUCGUCACAUAUAACGUAGCACAUGAUGUUCCACACAAUAUCCUUACAGAAAUGAUGGGCUGGAUCUCGGACGACAAUACGGUUAACAAGGUUUGAGAGAACUCCUUUAAACCACUCACCAAGCAAUUCUUCAAGGAAUUGAUUACCCUGAAUUCGUUGGUCGAGUGCGAUGUAAGUUUCCUAGUUUUUACUUUUUUACAUGUUGGCUAUCUUGUACUUUUACUGACAUAGUAAUUUUUCGUGCAUACCAUAAAUACUUUAUUUUAUUUUAUGAAAGAAAAAUUUUAUACCCGGCCCGACAUGUGCAUGCACAAGUUCACCAUCUUGCCAAUUGGUGUAACGGUAAAUUUUGAUAUUUCGUUUCUUAACUUCUCAUUAUAUUUCGUUACUUAACUUCUCAUUUUAUUUGACAGAGUCACCUUAA